AUGAUUGAAUCUCAGAGGCAUUCUUUUCAUUUGGUAGAUCCAAGCCCAUGGCCCAUUUCGGGUUCACUCGGAGCUUUGGCAACCACCGUAGGAGGUGUGAUGUACAUGCACUCAUUUCAAGGGGGUGCAACACUGAUCAGUUUGGGCCUCAUAUUUAUCCUAUAUACCAUGUUCGUAUGGUGGCGCGAUGUUCUACGUGAAUCCACGUUGGAAGGACAUCAUACCAAAGUCGUACAAUUAGGACUUCGAUAUGGGUUUAUUCUGUUUAUCGUAUCGGAGGUGAUGUUCCUUUUAGCUUUUUUUCGGGCUUCUUCUCAUUCUUCUUUGGCACCCACAGUAGAGAUCGGAGGUAUUUGGCCCCCAAAAGGGAUUGGGGUUUUAGAUCCUCGGGAAAUCCCUUUUCUUAAUACCCUGAUUCUCCUUUCAUCCGGAGCUGCCGUAACUUGGGCUCAUCAUGCUAUACUCGCGGGGAAGGAAAAAGGAGCUGUUUACGCUUUAGUAGCUACCGUUUCACUGGCUCUAGUAUUCACAGGCUUUCAAGGAAUGGAAUAUUAUCAAGCACCCUUUACUAUUUCUGAUAGUAUUUAUGGUUCUACCUUUUUCUUAGCAACUGGCUUUCAUGGGUUUCAUGUGAUUAUAGGUACUCUUUUCUUGAUCAUAUGUGGUAUUCGCCAAUAUCUUGGUCAUCUGACCAAGGAGCAUCACGUUGGCUUUGAAGCAGCUGCAUGGUACUGGCAUUUUGUAGACGUGGUUCGGUUAUUCCUAUUUGUCUCUAUCUAUUGGUGGGGAGGUAUAUGA